AUACAUGAGGAAUCCGAAUAUUUUCCCCUUUUUUUACUUGUUAUUCUCUGUUUGAAGAAAAUGGUUUCGAGUACAAGAUAUUUGCGACUCGUAUAAACCAGUAAAACCACUACUCAGAAGCUUUUGUUUAUAUGUAUUAUUGCAAAAGCGCUGUCUGGCCCCUAAUAACCUGGGAACAAAAACGUGCGCGACGCGCGAAAAAGACACGCUAUUGCGCGCCUACGCGGUAUAUACAGAUGGCGGGAAGUUGGAAUAUUCAACAAGUCAAUUUGUAAUACAAAUUUCCAAGAUUGUAUCCAUAUGGCUGAAAACAGUAAAGAAGAGAUCGCAGCAAAUAUCAACCUAAGCCUAGUACAGGUAUCUAAUAAUCAGUGGCUCAAUGACGAGAUAAUAAAUUUCUAUGGAAAUCUUCUACAAGAAUGCGCACAGAAGAUGCCUAAUGUAUCAAUCACAAUUAAAAACAGCUUCUGUUUCACAAAGUUUAAAAAAGAGGAAUUUUCCAAUUCAUUUGCUAGAUGGAUGGACAAGGAUAGUUCAGUUCUAAGUGACUUGCUCAUGUUCCCUAUCAAUGAAGAUAAACACUGGACACUAUGUGUAUGUAUGACAUGUGCAUGCAUGGACUAGCAGAGUAGACUACUUUAUUAGUGUACUACAUAUGACAUAUUGUAUAGUAUAUUUUAGCUCAC